AGUGAUGUUCAAUGAGAGAGGGGGGAGAUAGAGAGUGCUGGCAAGUAGGCGGACAUGAUUUGCUUUUAGUGUGUCAGUCGCAUCCAACGGAUUCACACAACGCAACAUUUGAUUAAAUUUUAAAAUACUUCAAAACGGUGGUUUCCAUCCAUCCAGAGGAGGGAGUAUGAGGGAGGCUUCCCUGACAGAACCUAAACAUCUGCAAAGAUAGAACCCUCCACCAACACCAACAGAGGAAAGAGAGAGAGAGAAAGAGAAGACGCCAAGAUGAGAACGCUCUUGCUGGACCCUCUGUGGACCACGGUGGCCCUGACCUUAGUGCUGUCUGUGCCUGUGCAGGCCAUGGCUCUCGCCAGCCAGCCAGAGACUGACGCCCAGCCAGGGGCUGGAGGGUUGGAGGUAGCAGGGGACCGUGUGGGGCCAGUCCCCCAGAACGAUGAGCCCUUCAGCGAACGUCAAGCUCUGAAGCGUGUCCGACGUGGCUGGAUGUGGAACCAGUUCUUCCUCCAGGAGGAGUACACAGGAAGUGAUCACCAGUACAUUGGCAAGCUCCAGUCAGACAUGGACCGGGGUGACGGCGCCGUCAAGUACAUCCUGUCUGGUGAGGGCGCGGGCUCGUUGUUCGUCAUUGACGAGAAAAACGGCGACCUGCACGCCACCAAGAAGCUGGACAGGGAGGAGAAGGCCUUCUACACCCUCCGGGCAACCGUGGUGAACAGGAGCACGGGUCACAAGCUGGAACCGGAGACAGAGUUUGUGGUCAAGCUCCACGACAUCAACGACAAUGAGCCUAAAUUCGCUAAGGAGGUCUACACCGGAACAGUACCAGAGAGGUCGGACAUUGGCACGUCAGUAAUCCAGGUGACCGCCACUGAUAAUGAUGACAGCAUGUACGGAAACAGCGCCAAGCUGGUGUACAGCAUCAGCCAAGGACACCCUUACUUUUCUGUCGAUCUCACCACAGGCGUGAUCAGGACAGCCUUGGGUCCAAACGACAUGGACCGGGAGCAGCGCGAACACUACCAGGUGGUGAUCGAGGCCAAGGACAUGGCCGGCCAGAGGGGAGGCUUGACGGGAUCCACGGUGAUCAACAUCACUCUGACCGACGUCAACGAUAACCCGCCCCGUUUCACCCAGAGCAUAUACCAGUUCAGCGUUCCUGAGUCGAUGAGGGCAGGGACUCCCGUGGGGAGGAUCCGAGCCACAGAUAAAGACAUCGGCAGCAAUGCCGAGAUGGACUACACCGUAGUCAGCGGCGACGGCAUCGACAUGUUCGACAUCAGCACAGACAAAGACACACAAGAAGGAGUCAUCACUGUUGUCAAGCCUCUAGACUACGAGAGGAAACGCUCGUACACGCUGGAGAUCCAGGUGCAGAACACGCAGCUGGACUCGCGCUUCCUGUCCAUGGGCACCAAGGACAUGGCGACGGUGCGCGUCAGCGUGGAAGACGUGGACGAACCGCCGCUGUUUGAGCGGGCCAGCUACAUGAUGGAGGUGAAAGAGGACGCCGCCGUGGGCGUGGCCCUGGGCUCGGUCAGCGCCGUGGACCCGGACGCCUACCGCAGCCCAGUCAGGUAUUCGAUCGACAGGCGCACAGACCUGGACCGGGUCUUCAACGUUCACCCGGGGAACGGCUCCGUGUUCCUGCUCAGGUCUCUAGAUCGAGAGGAGGCGGCCUGGCACAACAUUUCCCUCAUCGCCACAGAGUUCAACAACCCCAGGCAGACCAGUCGGGUCCCUGUGUACGUGCGUGUGCUGGAUGUCAAUGACAACGCGCCCGUCUUUCCUACCAUCUACGAGACAUUCGUCUGCGAGAGGACCAAACCCGGCCAGAAGAUCCAGACAGUGAGCGCAGUGGACGCUGACGAGCCCCAGAAUGGGAACAAGUUCUUCUUCAGUCUGUCCCCAGAGGCCAACUACCGCAGCAACUUCACCGUCAGAGAUAACGGAGAUAACACAGCUGGAAUACUCACAAGGAGAGGGAGCUACAGCAGGCUCACCCAGAGUAUCUACCACGUUCCCGUGGUGAUGACGGACGGUGACUACCCCAUGCAGAGCAGCACGGGCACGCUCACGGUGCGCGUAUGCACGUGUGACCGCGAGGGCAACAUGGAGCUGUGUAACGCAGAGGCCCUGACCAGCUCAGCUGGCCUUAGCACUGGAGCCCUCAUCGCCAUCCUGCUCUGUGUCAUCAUACUGCUAAUGAUCGUGGUGCUGUUCGCAGCCCUGAAGCGCCAGAGGAAACAGGAGCCGCUGAUCAUCUCCAAGGAGGACGUGAGGGACAACGUGGUCAGCUACAACGACGAGGGCGGUGGAGAGGAGGACACCCAGGCCUUUGACAUCGGCGCCCUGCGUCACCCCGACACCGUGGAGGAGACCAAGCAGCGGCGCGACAUCAUCCCCACCGACACGCUCCUGUACCCGCCCCUGCGACGCCACGCCGCUGCGCUCGCCGUCCCCACGCAACGGGACAACGCCGACGUCAGGGACUUCAUAAACCAGAGGGUUCUGGACAACGACAGUAACCCCACGGCCCCGCCCUACGACUCCCUCGCCACCUAUGCCUAUGAGGGGGCGGGCUCUGUGGCGGAGUCGUUGAGCUCACUAGGCUCCUCCUCCUCCGAGGGUGACCAGGACUAUAAUUACCUCAGCGACUGGGGGCCGCGCUUCAGGAAACUGGCAGACAUGUACGGGGCAGAGGACAGCGACCGAGACUCCUAGCUAAUGCAGUUCCAGUACAACGCUCAUACACACACAGACACACACACAUACAUAAACACCUACAUACACUCUGCAGACAUAGUGACUCUGGUCAGGCUGAAGAGGAGGAUUAAGUCAGCCGAGUAUUUUUUUACUAAGUGCCCUUCUGUUGCCCUGGAAACUGACGGCCAUUGUCUUUGAUGUCCGAUAAAUUGGGUGUUUUCAGUUUUUUUACUCUUUGUGCUAAAACGUCUUCAUAGACAAAGUGAUUCUCACUUGGAAGUUCUAUGGAUUUAUAUAUUUUUCUGUUCUCCCAGUAAAAUGCAUUGAGAUGAAAAAACAUUCUUUGUUUCUCAGUGCUUUAUGUCACUGUCAGUAUUUUUGCCAGAUUGCUAACAUUUGAUGUGGAUUUAAUAGACAUUGUGACACUGAUUCAGUAUUGUGAGAACAAUAUGUUGCUGGGCUUCACGUUUGUUUAAAAAAAUUGAGAGACACUUCUUAUGCAACAGUGCUUAGUUUAGGCUGUAUUACAGUAGCCCACGGAUUCUGCAACUCUCCUUUCUUCAACCCCCCAAACAUUUAGAGCACAACUGCAACAUGUGAAACCUUUUGAAAGAAGUAGGUAAAAGGAGAAGACAGUACUGUGCAUAACCAACAAAUUACCAUUACUAUUACUGACCCCUGACCCCAAGUGUUUACAGGAAAUCAAGGAAUGCAGUAUCCAAGAAAUACCUUGUAUAGCUUUUAAACUGUAUCUGCUACCUUAUUUAAUGAGCUUACACACGUUGCACAUUUUUGUUUCUGUAUUUCAACUGCUGUCACCAAGGUAAACAACUGCUGUCACCAAGGUAAACAACUGCUGUCACCAAGGUAAACAACUGUAACUAUUUUUAUGAACAGAGACAUCAUUAAUUUGUGUUGUUGUGUUUACACUGUUCCAACAAGCAAGUUCAAAAAAAAAUUGUUGUUUUUACCGGUAAGGCUCUGAUUUUCGCUGGGCAGCUAAAGCAUGUACUGUGGCAGACAGCUCAGAAGGUUCAAAAGUUUGUUUUCAUAGGACAGAAGGAGAAAUAGUAACUGUUUCUUGAAAAAGCGUUGUGGAAAAGAAACCACUAUUAACCAGUUCCUGGACGUUGAAAAGUUUGUUUUAUUUUAUUCAUGUUUAUAUUCCUGUUGAUUUGCAUAUCAUUUAUAUUUUGAUCUAUUUUGGUUUUGGUUUUGGUACCUGAACCGGUCUCUAUUCCUGGUUGGCACAUCUGGUAAAGGCUUAAGUUCGCAAGCUUCAGUUAUUUGAUUGUGAUUGGCCACGUAAUGGGAAGAGGGACACAUAUAAAGCUCCUCCCCUUCCCAGGAGUAAGCCGGGCACGGCCGUCAUGCUACCCCACAUGGGCACGAGGAAGAACAUCUUUUGCUGUACUUCUCAGAAAGGUUCCUAAUCUGACCAUUGUGAUAUUAUAAUCUGCAAGAGGUUUGUAAACCGCCCAAACAGCACAGUUUAAAACUAAAAGCUUCAUAUUUAAUGUUGAUCCCAACUGAAAUGCUCAACCUUCCUGCCUAGACCUUGAAGACCUUGAAGAAGUGAGUGCUAAGUGUACACGUAACUGCAGGAGCGUUUGCUUGCAUUUUAAGUAGCGAUAAAUCUUGUGUUUCCUUAAAAGAAAGCAGAAUUAGUCAUGCCAUAAUUAAUUACAAAUAUUUGUAUGCUGUGUUGAUCUAUCAGAAAUAUGAUGGUUGGAGUGGUACUGCCUUCUAAAAGAUUCAAUAUCAGAGAGAAUUCUUUCAAUGGAAGCCAAAAUUAGCAUAAAUUAUUGCUUUGCCACAUUAAAAGCAUUGGUAUGUUAGACUGUGUUGUCUGUUUGGUGCAGCAAUUGGUUGGCUAUCAAGGUGUUUGUCUGUAAGAUGUUCUGGUGGUGAAUGAAACUGUGGACCAGUCAGAGCUGCAUAUUGUGGCAGUGAUUGAGGAGCUUAGACGAUGUUCAUGUCAACUGCUUUUUAUAUUGUGGUUCUUUUUUUGUACCAAAUAUUUAUAGGACACAACGACAAUGAUGAUGAUGAUGAUUAAUUGAUAUUCUUGAAAAACAAAAGACUCGCUGUUUUUUGAUGUAUUUUGGAGGUGUACAAUUUGAUGUGGCCAGUCAGAAGUCUUACUAUGGUGUAUUAAAUGUUUAAUUUUAUCAUAAUAAACUUUUACAGUAAACCACAA